AUGGUCCGGCUGGCCUGCACCCGGAGCGCCAGGUUUCGCCGCCGACACCGGGCAAACCGGGUCGAGUUUGACGCUUGUGGCAGAAUUUGGCACACAGCGCGGAAACUCCAGACGGAUUGCGUGGCCAGCGGCUCCCUGCGGGGCGUGAUCAAAGGCGGCACCCUGGCGUCUCAAGCGGAGACGGUGCCAGGUUGUAAGACCCACGUCAAAAGGAACGGGGCUCAGGAGAUGACUCUCAGGGCGCUGGCUGUGACAUCGUUUCCCAAAAAGUGCUUUUUCGUUUCAUUUCAUUUCAAUCUGCUCGGUUCAUUGCAGCGACAAAUUAUAGAGGGCCCUGCCUUGCAAGCUUAA